AUGUCAGCCAUGACAGACGAAAAGGUUCGCGCGUCGCUCGACAAUGCUCGCGACCCCGCCCAGCCAGUGCUGCCUACCGUCAAUCCAAAUCUCGAGAAGCGGCCCCAGCCGCAACCCGACUCGUUGCACCCUGCAGUGUACAUCUCGACAUGGAUUGCCCUCAGUUCCAGUGUCAUCAUCUUCAACAAGUACAUUCUGGAUACAGCAGAGUUCCCCAUCUUCCUAACGACAUGGCAUCUCGUCUUCGCGACCGUCAUGACCCAACUCCUCGCACGCUUCACCACCAUCCUCGACUCACGGAAGAAGGUGCCCAUGACGGGCCGCAUAUACCUCCGCGCAAUUGUUCCAAUUGGUAUCUUCUUCAGUUUGAGCUUGAUCUGUGGUAACAAGGCAUACUUGUACCUGAGUGUUGCUUUCAUCCAGAUGCUCAAGGCUACCACACCUGUUGCCGUUCUGAUCACUACCUGGACAAUGGGUCUGCAUCCACCCAACAUGAAGACGCUCGGCAAUGUGUCCUUCAUUGUCAUUGGUGUCAUCAUUGCCUCCAUUGGCGAGAUCAAGUUCGUCAUGGUCGGCUUCCUCUUCCAAGUUGGUGGUAUCAUCUUUGAGGCUAUCCGCUUGUCCAUGGUAGAACGUUUGCUCAGCUCUGCGGAAUUCAAAAUGGAUCCUCUGGUCUCGCUGUACUACUAUGCUCCGGCUUGCGCAGUCAUGAACGGCAUGAUCUGCUUGUUUACCGAGCUGCCUAUCUUGACCAUGGUUGACAUCAACCGCGUCGGUUGCUUCACGCUUUUCGCCAAUGCCUCGGUUGCCUUCAUGCUUAAUGUUUCCGUCGUGUUCUUGGUCGGCAAGACGUCGUCUCUGGUCCUCACCUUGUCCGGUGUUCUCAAAGACAUUCUCCUCGUCUUCGCGUCUAUCAUGUUGUUCGGUGACCCCGUCAGCUUGCUUCAGGCUUUCGGAUACAGCAUCGCCCUCGGUGGUCUGGUCUUCUACAAGCUCGGCGGCCAGAAGAUGAAGGAGUAUCUUGGUCAGGGCUCGCUGGCUUGGGCGGAGCUCGGGCAGACUCGUCCGAUUCUGCGCAAGCUGAUGAUCUUCGGCGCCAUAAUCAUCUCAUUCUUCCUUAUGCUCGGGUCUCUUGGGCCGAAGUACGCCCCAGACUCCGCUGACAAGCUCCGCAAUGGCCUUGGCAACAUGAUGGGAGAUAAGGCAAUCUGA